AAAGUCCAUCGGAGAGGAGUGUGCAUAUGCCUGUGCUCAAAAGUGCUCCCUUCUCAUUAACCUCACUCAGUUUCCUUGCGUUUACAUUCCUGGUGUUGGGAUUUGUCUCAUUGGAUUCCACAAUGAAAUUAGCGGUCAGUGCGCUGAUAUUGUGCUUGUCUCUGACCAUAGGGAGAUGUACCGAAGAGAUAAUGCAAGACAGCACACCUCAGCCAGAGGAAAGCUAUUUCUCCGACUGGGGAAUCGGGACCAUCCGCGAUGGCUUUGAAGCAGUGAAUGGCUAUUUAGAUUUUGUCUCAGAGUUGCUGGGAGGGAAGAAUGGAGUUUGUCAAUAUCGGUGCAGAUACGGGAAAGCACCAAUGCCCAGACCAAAUUACAAGUCUGCAGAACCAAAUGGCUGUAGCUCUUAUUUCCUGGGUCUCAAGGUACCAGAAAGUCUGGAUAUGGGCAUCCCAGCCAUGACUAAAUGCUGCAACCAGCUGGAUAUAUGUUAUGAUACCUGCGGUGCCAACAAAUACCGCUGUGAUGCCAAGUUUCGCUGGUGUUUGCAAUCCAUCUGCUCUGACCUUAAACGGAGCCUUGGCUUUGUCUCCAAGGUGGAAGCCUGUGAAUCAAUAGCUGAUACGGUAUUCAGAACCAUCAGGACUCUGGGUUGCCGUCCAUUCAUGAACAGCCAAAGAAGUGCCUGCAUUUGCAAUGAAGAAGAACGAGACGAAUUGUGAGGAAGCGCUAGGCUCCCUGACAUUGACAGCUCUGGAUUUGUGUUGCCCUUGGUUAGAAGCUUGGUCUUCUGACUUCAAACCAGGUGCAAUUUUGACAGCAGCAAGGUUCAGGGUGUGGUUGAUUGCUACCAGAAAUGCAUUAAUUGCAGCUUCUCCAGUGAGCUAGACUGGGACUGGAAUUGAAAGUGAGAAGGCACCUUGUCUGUUCCAUUUGAUGGCUUCUACCACCUUCUUAAGCAAACUGGUCGACUUAAUGCCAACUCUCCACAGAGACUAAGAUGUGCAUGAGCUUUGCACUUAUAACAAAAGAGACAGGCUUUGUGUGGUGACAGAGUUGAUAAUAAUCUCUGCAACAAAUACAGCCAGCCCUCCUUAUCCACAGAUUCUGCAUCCAUGCAUUCUACCAUCCUCGGCUUGAAAGCGAAUUCCAUAAAGCAAACAUUAAUUUUGCCAUUUUAUAUACACCACAACGGGACUUGAGCAUCCACAGAUUUUGGUAUCCAUGGGGGAUUUUGGAACCAAACCCUAGCAGAUAUCAAGGGCCCAGACUUCAUGCCCCACAGAUCUCCCAGUUUCACCAGGGACAUAUCUCUUCUAUAGCUUUUCAGAUGCUGCGAGGUCAUGUCCACCCCACAUUAGUGGAAAAACAAUUUGGGAUCACAGGGCUACUCAACAGCACAUAGAAUGGGAAGUUUGGGAGAUUUUCCUUUUCAGAAAAAAAAGAAUGUAAACAAUCUGUAUUAGACUCAGAAUGGUCAUUGAUUUUAUUUCCAUUGAAACAUUAAAACAACUUAAAGAAAUCCCAUGAUGUACCCCUAAAAACAGUAAGAGAAAGAACCACUGUUAUACUGAUUGUGAGUCAUGUUUAACAUGCAGGCAUUUAAAACUAACUUUUAUUUAAUAAUAAUAAUAAUAUAUAUAGUUCAAACAGCAUUAGAGAUUGCCAAUAACAUUUUGAAGGUCAGUUCUAGCUACAAGAAUUACUAUUAUUUUACAACUUCAUUUUAUAUUAUCAUUAUAUAUAUUUAAAAUGACUAUUCAUCCAAAAUGUAUCACCUAGACAUUGCAGAUUACUACCUUUGUACAUUUGUUAAUCAAAUUAUCAGUUGGCCCGAACUAAACAGCACUAUUUUGUCCAUUUUGACUGUAAUUUUUCAAAAGACCCAAAAUUCAUUUUCAGAGCAUGACUUGCUGCAUCCCAACCUCAUGGCUGAACUCUAGAUUUUCUGAAACUUUGACAUUCAUAUUGAACUGCAGUAACAAUGCUUGCAUUAUCUAAAUAUAAUACAGUCCGACCCCUAUAUCUGUGGGGAUAUGUUCCUGUACUUACUGUAGAUAGAUUAAACCACAGAUAAUAGUGAACAGUGUAGUUUGCAUAGUGGCCCUAAAACUUAACAGAAUAUAAAAAUCUAAGUUAUAAAAGGUACUAAAACAUAUAUGUCUCAGCUGUAAAUUUAAUUUACAUUAAAUUCCAUUUGAUUUUUGAUACCAUUUCUCAGUGUGGAUAACUAAAGCUGAGGAUAUUGAUUCCAUCGAUACAGUGGUAGUAGUGUAUUACACGAUACUUGCCUUCCAUCUUUGGUUCUUUCCCAAGAGUCCAUAACUAAUGCACAUUUCUCCCCUAUUUCCUCCAAUCUGGCACAAUGCAUGUGCUUGCUACACAUAUCAAAUAUAUUAGUGGUUCUCAACCCACGGGUCCCCUGGCGUUUUGACCUACAACUCCUAGAAAUUCCAGCUAGUUUACCAGCUGUUAGGAUUUCUGGGAGUUGAAGGCCAAAACAUCUGGGGACCCACAGGUUGAGAACCACUGAUAUAUACCCAUGUAUAAGGUGAGCUCGUGUAUAAGUCAAGGGCAGGGUUUGAGGCCAAAAUUAUAGAUAUUGAUUUGAUCCAUGGAUAAGUUGAGGGUCUUUCUGCAGAGACAGAAAAGUGUUAGUGCCAUCUCGGGGCUAGCCGCUUUGUUAUUUCUCCACCCAGGUAUGAAUAAAAGCCAGAAAUGGCACCACGGAAGAAAGAGUAGAUGGGGGCAGGAUGGACCAAGCUCUUACUUUCCCCAAUCUACACAGCGAAGGGGAUGGUUCCAUGUAUACAUAAGUUAAGGUACAAUACUCAUACUGCCCUGUGGAUAUGUUGUCCCAGGAUUUUUUUGGGGGGGGGGGUGUUGACUAAAGGUUUUAGACUUGUUAAAUUAAUGUAUAUUGCACACAUCUUGCAUCAGUGCUGAGAAAGAGUACCACAAAAUUUUAGACUUGCACUCAUUCUCUUCUCAAGGAUCCCUCAAAAUUUAGAGACAAAAUUCACAAGGGCACGUAUAAAUUUGGGAUUGUCCCGGCAGAUUCCCAAAUUCAGCAUCACACUACUGAAUAUUUAAAAAAAUACUGAAGCGGGAAGAAGGACUUAAUGUCACAGUUCAGUACAUCAGCUUCAGUGGAUAUGCAGCCAUCUUGGAUGCAUACAUGUCAAUGUGAUGUUAUAGAAAGCUUCAACAUUUCUCUGGAUUGUCAAUUACUGUACCACAGCUCACCUCGCUCUUGGAAGAUGUCUUUGGGAAGUCCAACCUUGCCAUCUAAUAAAAUACAGAACUUUUUAAAAAGGAAGCUUUUAGGGAUGCUCAAUUGGGCAAAUGGUAGCUCUACAGAUGUCUUUGGACUUUAAUUAUUUCAUUUAUCCCAGUCAUCUUGGGCAAUGGUGAAGCAUCUGGAAGGCCACCAUUUUUCUAGCCCUGGGUAACUGCUAUUAGUGUCCCUGCUUUAACUGCUAAGGCUACAUCCUAUGGAAUACUGGGAUUUGAAUUUUUGAGAGACACUAUAGCUCUCUGGGGAGCCAGUGUGGUGCAGUGUUGAUGCCAAAUCUCCACAUGAACAAAUCUUCCAGAGAAAACCCUGUGAUAGGUUUGCCUUAGAGUCAACACAAGCUGCACAAAACCCCAAAGGUUUACAACAAGAGCUCUCUGACAGACAAACCUAAGAAAACUACAAUUCCAGAAUUCUAUAGGAUGCAGUUAUGAACAUUAAAACAGUAUCAAAGUGUGAUUAGUCUUUAGCACAAGAGACAUCACCAAUAUCCCUCAUCUCAGGGCAAGCUUGUUAAUCUCACAACUCUCUAUUUAUAUAAAGACUUGAUUAUCUAUGUAUUCUGGAUGUUCUUUAAAUAAACCAGUUCUAACAGAA